UGGGUGGGGGCCAUCAUAGGCUCCUUCCUGUUAAAACGAAAGAGAGCUCAUUUGCUACCGUACGCCGUCCUCAUCCCAACGCCAAACAGUUCAAAAGCAAGGUAAAGAAGGAGGGCGUAGUACGCACCCUCACCACCUCCACCAUCACCAUCACUGUCGAAAUCUACAAUACACCACGUCAUCACUUCCUUCUCUUUCUCCCUCUCUUUCUCUCUCUACAAACUUGGUUAAGCUCCGGAGCGACGAAGCUUCGAAGCUCAGUCGCUGGUUCUCUCUCGGUCGCUUCGCUGUGCUUGCUCUUUGUCGACGAUGAAGCGGUCCGCCUUGAGAAAAACGGGUCAGACCAAUUCAACAGCUUCCAUUAAUUCUUCGGCGGCGGAUCUCUUUCGCUCCGCCUCCAGUAAAUCCUCUUCAAAAGAGUUGGAACGAAUCGAUAACUUGUUUUGUUCAUACGCUAAUGGGUCCUCCAAUAUGAUUGACCCAGAAGGAAUUGAAGCUCUUUGUUCGGACUUGGAAGUGGAGCAUACCGAUGUGAGGAUAUUGAUGCUUGCCUGGAAAAUGAAGGCUGAAAAACAGGGAUACUUUAUUUUGGAAGAGUGGCGAAGAGGCCUCAAAGCAUUGAGGGCUGACUCAGUAAAUAAAUUGAAAAAGGCACUUCCAGAGCUAGAGAAAGAGGUCAAGAGACCAUUGAACUUUGUGGAUUUCUAUUCUUAUGCAUUCCGUUAUUGUUUAACAGAGGAGAAACAGAAGAGCAUAGAUAUAGAGAGCAUAUGUGAAUUGUUAAAUAUUGUUCUAGGGUCUGAAUACCCUUCCCAGGUUGAAUUGUUCAUUGAGUAUUUAAAGAUUCAGAACGAUUACAAAGUCAUAAACCUGGAUCAGUGGAUGGGCUUUUACCGGUUUUGCAAUGAGAUAAGUUUUCCCGGCCUUGAUAAUUAUGAUCCUGAACUUGCAUGGCCAUUGAUCCUGGACAAUUUUGUCGAGUGGCUGCGGGAGAAGCAAUUCUGAAGUUUAUAAAUUUUUGGUCGACUUGGUCCUGUGCUAUAUACCACAAUUACUGCCAUAGGCUACCAAAACCUCACACAUCAAAUUGGACCCAGAAAUCCUUUUAGUUUCUCCUCUUCUUUUUUCAAGCAUUGUCAAAUGCGCAAAAUUGAUCUCACAUUGGAAAUUACAUGUCUGUUAGUAAUGUGAAAUGUGUGCUUGAGAGAAAGUCUUGAAACAUAUUCUUCCUUUUGUUAUAAUUUGAAAUUUGAUAACAGUGGAUACUAAUCAUACUACUACUAUCUAAUUGAUUGUUUGUUGCAAGUUA